GGGAGCCGGGGAGGUCGUGCGCUCCGCCUCGGUCCCCAGGACCCCGGCGGCUCGCCCGCGUGCAGGCUGCACCUCGCCGCGCGCGCCCCGGUGCCACAGGCCUCCAGGCCCCGGACCCCGCCCUCCGGCCGCCCGUCCCGCGUGGCCCGCCGCGGGGACCGGCGAUGGCGCGGGGCUGACGCCGCCUCCUCCGGACCCCUCUGCCCCGCCCGGGGUGCGCGGCGGCCCCGGCGCCUCCCAGCCCUGCAUGUGGGGCGGGCGCUCGCGCCGGGAGAGAGCGGCCCUCGGCGCCCCCGAGGCGGUGCCCGGCCGCGCGGGAGGACGAGGAGGAGGAGCGGCCCGGGCCCGGGCCCCCGCGCGCCGCGGCCCGGGAGCACGGGCUCCCCGGAGGGAGCUGCUGGCGUCCCCGGCCCGGAGGAGGGACCCGGAAGCAGAAGCGGAGCCGCGAGUGGAGCCCCGCCGCUGCCCCUGCUGCCCGCCGGCGCCGGGUGGGGGUCCCGGCGGCUGGAUGGGCAGCGGCGGCGCGGGCCGCGGGCGGCGAUGGGCGAGGAGCAGAGCACGGUGAGCGGCGGCGGGGCCCCGGAGGCGGGCGACCCCGCUGGCGGCGCCACGGGCUCCCCCGAGCCCCCGAGGCCGCAGGGGGACAGCGGCGGGGCGCCCGGGCCGCGCGCCGCCUCCGCGGAUCCGAGCGGCGGCGGCUGCGGAAGCGACUCGGGCGGCGCGGACACCAGCGCCCCGGAGCCCGCGGGGAGCUGGGGGGCCCCGGGCCGGACGGAGAGCCGAGCCCCCGGGCCGCCCGCAGGACUGGCGCUCACCGGGCCCCUCAAUCCUCAGACUUUGUCACAGCAGCUGGAUGAGCAGGAGAAGGAAGCGGGGGACCGAAAGGAGGGAGGGCGUGAGCCGCCGGAGGCGCCCCCCGGAGAGGAGCCGAAGCCCGGGAUCCGCGUCGGGACUCCGGACGCCCUGGUCCUGGACGUGCUGGGCCAGCGGCGCCCGCCCCCCGCCCGGAGGCAAGUCUUCUGCUCCGUGUUCUGCGUGGAGAACGUCCUGCCCCCGGACCCCACGGCCGAGCCGCUCUCGCCGCCCGCCUCGCCGCCUCGGGCCCCGCCGGUGAUGGACGCUCCCGGCACCCCCUCCUCCUUCCCUAGCCCCCGGCUGUCCCUCCCCACGGACCGCCUGCCCCCCGAUGGCGGCAGCAUCGAGCUGGAGUUCUACCUGGCGCCCGAACCUUUCUCCGCGCCCAGCCUGUUGGGAGCUCCACCCUACUCUGGCCUGGGUGGGGUCGGGGAUCCCUAUGCGCCCCUCAUGGUGCUGAUGUGCCGGGUGUGCCUGGAAGACAAGCCGAUCAAGCCCUUGCCCUGCUGCAAGAAGGCCGUGUGUGAGGAGUGCCUCAAAGUCUACCUGAGCUCCCAGGUACAGCUUGGCCAAGUAGAAAUCAAAUGCCCUAUCACAGAAUGCUUUGAAUUCCUAGAGGAAACAACAGUUGUCUAUAACCUAACGCAUGAAGACUCCAUAAAAUAUAAAUACUUCUUGGAACUUGGCCGUAUUGAUGCCAGCACCAAACCAUGCCCUCAAUGCAAGCACUUUACAACCUUCAAGAAAAAAGGACAUAUUCCCACCCCUUCCAGAUCAGAAAGCAAAUACAAAAUCCAGUGCCCCACUUGCCAAUUCGUCUGGUGUUUUAAGUGCCACUCUCCUUGGCAUGAAGGUGUUAAUUGCAAGGAGUACAAAAAAGGAGACAAACUAUUGCGUCACUGGGCCAGCGAGAUUGAGCACGGCCAGCGGAACGCCCAGAAGUGUCCAAAGUGCAAGAUCCACAUCCAGAGAACUGAAGGGUGUGAUCACAUGACCUGUUCACAAUGUAACACUAAUUUUUGUUAUCGAUGUGGGGAGAGAUACCGCCAGCUCCGUUUCUUUGGAGACCACACAUCAAACCUCAGUAUAUUUGGAUGCAAAUAUCGCUACCUCCCAGAGAGACCUCAUCUAAGGAGAUUCGUGCGAGGGUCGGUCUGUGCUGGAAAAUUAUUUGUUGCACCUCUAAUCCUGGUCCUGGGAUUAGCACUAGGGGCCAUAGCAGUUGUAAUUGGUUUAUUUGUAUUUCCUAUCUAUUGCCUUUGUAAAAAACAGAGAAAACGGUCACGGACAGGUAUGCACUGGUGAAGUACACAUCAUUGCAUCUAACUAAGCUGGUCCGGGUAAGAGCUAUCCAGAAUGGCACACCCGUCUUGAGAGUUGCGUCUUGGAACACAGCGAGAGGACCCAUCUGCCAUCUCGUGUCUCCGUGGUUCUCUGCAGGUCACGAUGCCUCUAGCUCCGUUGCACUCCCCACAUGGUAUCCCGGCCUUUCCUGAUACUGAUUGCUGCUUUUACAGAAUGGUCACUUUCAUAUACUAUAAGCACCUAUGUCAUAAUUCUGACCUUCUUAAUGGGUCUUGGAAGAAAUCAUUUUAAGUAAGAACCAGUUAUCCUCAGCACUGUCUGAGCAUGCCUCUCCCGAGAGUUGCUUGGACUGUCUUUGUACCUGAACCCUCCUCCAGCCCAUCCGUGAGACUGGGUGUGAACAGCCGAAGUCCCACCUGUACCAACAAGCAAGGCCACCUUUCAGCAGAUGAAGCCUCACCAUAUGCCCCUGUUUCCGUCUGUGGCCCAAGCAGUGUAAUUCCUUCCUCCUUCCGAUGCUGUAAUUGUCUAAAAAAAAUCUCAGUGCCCAAAGGGAACGAAUGAAACAAAAUUAAUGAGAAGAAUCGUGAGUUACUGAAGUGUAUACGUGUAGGGGUAUGAAUGUGUGUGUUUAAAGAUUUGUAUUAAAACUCGGCCCAAUGACCUUGUACUGGUCAACUUCCAUGCCUCUACACUAUUUUCCCACAUUUUCAUAGAUAUCUUUAAAGAUGAGGAUUCGUUUGUGAGCAUAAUUUGAGAAUGUACUGAAUUAAAGUCAAUUUAGACAACAGGCUAUUUCGAUUGUUGACCCUUUCUAUUUCUUUCUUUUUGUCACACACACACACACACACACACACACACACACACAACACACAGAGAGAAAUGUGUGCCUUGUCACCCAAGGAUUAUCAAACUUUAUAAACUGACAAAACUGAUUGACUGAUUUUAGGAAAUUCUCAAGACCUGAACAUUCAGUCUCAGAUUUCUUAUAUUUUGGCUUACAUGUUUCACUAUAUGAAUAAAUUUUUUAGGCAGAAUUAGUUCAUUUAAAUAACAGGUUUGCUGUGGAAAACACUGCUUAAUCCUUUAAACAGAUCCCUAUUCUGCUAAUUUUUUAAACAACUUAUAAUUACAGAUAAUUUUGCUUUAGGUCAAGGUGUGGCAUUAUUUACUCCAUCCUCUCUUUCUUUCUCUCUUUUUAAUUUGUUCCAAGUUUUACUAGUUUUGAAGGAUUUUUUCUUAUGUUUACUCUUCCUAUGCAGAAUAAUGUGUUGGUAUCUUUUCAUGGAGGGGUAAUUUAAAAAAAAUGUGUUUAUGGGUUUAUCUAAAAUAUAAACUGCUUUUGGAGAAGGAAACCCCCCCAAAAAAUGAAGGAAUUAUUUUCAGGAAGUUUUACCAAGCUGAAGAGGACAUGUAACUAAAUUAUGUUAUUCCUUUGUUUUCAUCACAAAAGUUCAUCAGCAGAAAGGAAGUAAAGACCCCUAAGAAGACUAGUUUUCACUUGUUUCCAAAUGCUUAAAAUUAGUUAUCUGCAUAGGUAUAGCAUUAAUUUCACAGCAACCUUGUGUGAGUUGAAAUAGAUGAUGUGAAAAAACAUGCAUUAACAUGGAUAGUGUGUCUUGUUGAACUCCAAGGUAUAAGAAUAUUUAUGAUUUUUAUUUUAUCUAAAAGUCCAUGGUAUUGAAGUUUCUGAAUGACACUCAGAAUAGCUAUACUAUAGCUUCUGGACUAGACUAUUUCCAGGUAGAGGAGGGUGUGCCGUAUGGUUCUGGAAUGUCAUACUACUAAAGCAUAACAUGAUACCAGAAAAAGCAAUGUGCUAUAUAGUUUCACAAAAUCAUCUUUCCAUUCAUUCAUUAUCCAUCCAUUCGACAAAUAUUUAUUGAGUGCUUAUUCUACAUGCUCUAGUAUUAAAACUGAGAGAAUGAGAAUUUCCAUCUUAAAUCCAUGUAAUUCUUUCCUAAAGUGCUUAAUUUUUGUAAAUUUGUCUCUUCCAGACUUAGGUGUUAGUUUGACAAUACGUGAAUAUAAUAAUUCUAAAUCUAGUGGAUAUGGUUAUGUGUGAUAUAUAUGUAUGUAUAUAUACUAUUUCCAAAGAAACAUGUAUAUAUAUUAUCCAUAUAUUUAUGUAGGAUAUAUAUGUAUACAUAUAUAAUAUCUUCAUAGAUGCAUAUGAAUACAUAUGCCACAUACAUAUAUAUACCAACUCGCUAAAUAAUAUACUCUCUGGUCUUAGAUAAUCUAUUUUCUUAGGUGUUGUGUCUGUUGCCUUUGGCCUACUCAGGGAUUUUUAUUUCUUUGAAUAACUAUUCUUUGGGAGAUAUUUUUAUAUUAUUUGGAAACGUUCCAAUUUUCCAAUUACAAAGUGGUAUUUGUUACCAGUGAAGGCUGUGUCAUCGAUGCUUCAGCAAGCAUGUACUGUGUUGCAUAGGAUUGUCCUUUUUCUAUAGCAUGGAUUUUUUUUAAAUGUGUGUGUUUUUCCUCUUUAAAAGUUGUUAUAGAUGGGGCCUUUUCUUGUUGGUGACUUAAAGUAAUUAUUUGUGAUUUUUUUUUUAACUAAGUGGCAUUAAGAUCUUGGAAAGAGAGAAGGAAUUAAAAAGGAUUAUAUGUCAGUGCCAACAUUGAAGUUAAAACAAUAGUAAUAACUUUUGGAAUGAAUUCUAAAAACUACUUUGGAGAAAGAGGCGUACACAUAAAAUAUCUUUCUAUCCAAAGCGUGUCAUUUUUAUAUGUUUUUAUUGUAAAUUUAAUAUAUACUUUUUUUGAAAAAAAUCAAAUCAUACAGAAUUAUAACAUAAAAAUUUCUCUACUUAACCCACUCCUUAUUUUCUAGGGGUAGACACUGUUAGUAAUUUGGUAUGUGUCCUUCCAGACACUUUCUACAGAUAUACAAACAAUUAUUCGUAUGUGUGUGUGUCUGUGUGUAUAUUAGUUUUAUACAGCCAGAAUAUUAGCAUUCUUACUGUCCUGUGACUAUUUUCCAUUUUAUUAUAUAUUGGUAGACACCUUUCCAUAAGGGUUUAAAUAGAGUUACCUCAUUCUUUUGUAAAUUACUACAUAUCCCACUGUGGGGGUAUACUUUAAUUUAUUUAAUUAGUCUCCUGUCAAUAUUAAGAUCACUUUUUACUUCUCUAGUACAAAGCAUCAGUGAGGGUCCUUUAUAUAAAUUGUUGUCAAUUUGUGUUAACAUUUCCAUUAAGUUUUUAAAUUUGGUUCCGAUAACAUAUUUGUAAUAAAAUGUUAAUGCAUUUUCUGUGAAUGAGGUCAUAGAGAUUGUAUAUUUGAGAUCUUUUUCUUGGAGAAAAAACAAUUAUAUAGAAGUGCAUAAUUUUAAAAGAAAAGCAUCUUUUGCAGGAUAGUUUUACUCCUGCUUAAUUAGCCAAAUAAAUAUCUUGCCAAGACAUAUAAAAGAAAAUUAAUGUUAUUGUAAUAAAAAUAAAAUUUAAUGAGAUGUCUAUAAGAUAUCCAAGGAAGGUACAUUGAUAUUUGGAUAGCCUAGUUUUAAGACUUGAGGGAUUUAAAUGAAAUAACCAAACCGAUCACAUUUGUCCCAUUUUUUGGUAAACACUAUCCAUGUCCAUGCAUGUUGCUGCACAAAGGAACUUAAUUAUGCCAUUGUGAAAAGUAAGAAGCAAUAUCUUGGCAAUUAUGAAUGGCCACCGUUAUCUAUAGAAAAAUUAUUAGAUGGUAUGCAGGUUUGGUGGUUGGGACGUUUAUGACUUGUGGAAUAAUGUGAAACAUUCCUUUUACAGUGAAGCUUAGCAGUUCCCUAAGAACCCCUGCAUGUGGACUUACCCAGAGAGCUCAAACCUUUGGUACAAGCAACAUGGUGUUGCCACCACCUUGAUUUUCUGAUAGGUGCUGUUGUAUCCUGAAGGUGGAUCAGACAGGAAAACAAUCAAAGGUAAUUAAACACCACUUGGAUUACAACCUGAUAUCUCUAAUCGUACUAUCCAGACAGCGGUAUCAGGAUUCAGUGGUGCCUGUCUGGAGAUUCCUUGUCCAGCCACACCCACCAUCUCUUGAGUCCCUAAAUCCUAAUUGAGCCUUUAUCUUUCAAUCCUACCACCCAAAUAUAUGGCCGGUGGCUCCCCUAAAAUACCCUCAAACCACUGUAAUCCCUUCUAGUCCUUGGUGAUUCCCCCCCCCCCCACCUCAUUUAUCUCUACUCUGAUGCUCUAGCUCCUGUUGACUAAAAAACAAGAGGAGAGGCAGGAGGGGGUGGAAACACACUCUGGCAUGUGCAGAGCAUCAGCAUUCCCUCCUGACCUGUGUCAAAUUAGAGGACAUCUGCCAAGACAGCCAUCCAGUUUCCCUUACACAAAUGCGAUUGUUUUUAGAAUUGGACUUUUGUGCUGCCUGUUAAAUUCAUAAUUGCUUUUUUAAAAAGUUAGUGGCCUAAAUAAUACUACUUGGUAUACUUCAUUAAGGACUUCAAACUUUAAAAUCAAAUUAUGCCAAAAGCCAUUUUUAAUUUUAUAAAUAAACUGCACAUAUGCCUUAAUGUGCGUCUCCCUAUUGGAUUAUAUGCCUGUCCUGUCAUAUUUGUGGCUGAAAUCUAUCCCAGCUACGGAAAGUAAUUUUUCCUGUGGUUAGCUUUAUUGUUUUGUGUUAAUAUCAUAAAUACAGCCCUAAAAGUCAUUCAUGCACUUUAAACAGUUGUGCCAUUUAACUAAUUUGACAGAAUGAAAGAAACUGGUAACAUUUACUUGAUGGAGGCGGUAGAAUAACAGUGUUAGCAAUUAUGUGUCAGUUCUUUAAAUUUGGGGAGCAAUCUGAAGCUGAAAAUUUAAAACAAGUAAAAUAUACCUGAAAAAACUAGCUGAGUUUCUGAAAUUAUAGCAAUCCUGAAAAUUGGUCUCAGGAGUGCAAAUAUAGCAAAUAAUUAAUAAAUGCUUCUUAAUAACCUUGUUGGGAUGUUUGUUAAAAAUAUGAAGUUAAUUUCUCCUGCAAGUUUUAACUGCAUUUUCGUAUUUCAUGAAAUCUAUAAAAGAAAGUCCACUGACGAGAUAUAAAUGAAAACUAUCACCAAUCGCUAGUUUGAGAGUAUUUUUGUUUUCCAAAUCUUCGUAACUUAAGUAUGACAUUUUCCUCCUCCUAUGGAAAAUAAGUUCCAAACUCCCAUGUUUAAUAUGUAUAACGACAAAUAUUACUUCAAUAAAACGGAAAUAAGAUUGAUAGAAUCAUUAAGAUACGGUCUGAACAAAACCAGAGGCCCAAAAGGUGGGGAGUAUUUAAUACUGUGAAAUGUCUUUUGGGUGCAAACCAAUGAUGCAGACCUUUAAAAGAGAAAGACAGCGGAACUCUUUGUAACUGUGGCUUUAAGGAUAGAACUGAUACUCAUUUCGUAGCUAACAGUGUGUGGCUCUUCCAUUGUAUGCCACUGUGGUGAGGCUGGAGGUGUAGUAGCCAUUAUCCAAGAGGCAGAGAGGCACAGCAGUGUCAGACCUGUGGCUGUCCAUUUGGAGCGUUGGCUGGAGCCGCCACAUAUCGCACACACAGUGCCAAUGUUAGAAGCAUGUAAUUAUGCUUAUGACACACUACAAAUGACAUGAAGGCCAAUACAUUAUUAUUUAAAAUAUAUAAAAGAUUGCCACUGCUUCCCACACCCCACACCCCACCCCCAGUUCCUUAUAGCUUAUAAAAGACAUUUCAUUAGGUGUAUUUAACUCUAUAUCACCUAGGUUAUAUUACCAUCGAAACUAUUUUUUUUCUGGCCUCUCUCACAUUUUAGUUACUCUGUUCCACCAUUAAUGUUAAAUGAUGUUCUUCCCUACGUGUGAAGUGAUACUCUCACACUUCCAACCUCGAGUUCCUCUUUUCUUUUUUUUAGAUUUCCUGGUUGUCUUGCUUUUUCCCUCUGCAGCUCCCUUCCCAUCUUUGCCAAAUGUGGGAUAAAUUCUGUCCCACCGCUAACUCCUCUGACACUAAGGAAAUGAAAUGCAAACGCUGAAAGGACUUCAUAAUUUGGCAGUCGUAGUGAGCGUAACUUACUUUGGCUUAUUUUAUCUGUAAAUUAAAAUAUAUCAGAAGUACCUGGGACAGAGUUGGAGAACCCUGCCCAGCCCUCUGACAAAUAAAAUGAAUGAGAUGUCAGUUGGAUCAUGGAGCCUAAAAUAUUCUACAACCAAGCCUCAGCAAUUGCUUCAUGAAUACUGUAAGGUUAAUAUUGUGUUUGCGUAUUAGUUGAACAGAAAGUGCGUGUAGACAUUCAUCCAACCUGACAACAACUCAUUCAUGUUUCAUCCAAAAUGGCCAAAUGUGUGGUUUAUGGUCUUCGUGUUAGCGAAAAAGUCCUACAGCUCAGAUCUGGGGCUGCAUUUAUAUAGUAUAGCAUUUGUAUGUAAGACUCAACAAUGGGUUUAGAAUUAGAAUUUUUGGUAAUCUACAGUAGAUCACAGUCACUGAUAUUAGCCCUAUUCAUGAGAAACCAUUUGUCAUUUGCAAAUGUUCACCUUUUUCGUUGGUAUGAUUUUGAUGCAAGCCACACUCAAUAUAUAUUUAAUAUCGGUUUAGUACACGAUGUGGAAAGUUCAAGGGAGAGUCACAGGUAUUAAAGGGCCCCAGAGAUUGCAAAAUAGUGCAUUUCACAGAUUCUGCCUCGCAGUUGCCAAGCUGUGCUGUCUUUAUCGGCUCCCCACAAAGCUGUUAGGUGUUCACCUCAUGUCCCAGUUGGGGAAACAGUCUCAAUAAUCCAGUAAAUUCUUAAAAAUAACGUUUUAAAAUGAACAUAUACCCCCUGUGUCAAAAUAUACAUUCACUGUUCCUUUCAAGUAAUACUACCUAAUAUUUGAUAUAAAUAUUAUGCUUUAUGUUCCUUUAUAAAGAAAAUUCUAAAUAAAGUAUAUGAUUUUUUAAAUUAGCUGAUUACAAGCCCUUUUUCUAAGGCUCGUUUUUUUAAAAGUUCCAUAUGGCCAUAGUUUACUUUUGAUAUUUGAUCCUUUUCAUUAUAAUUAAAAUUCUAUAAAUGGUAUUGAAAAAAAGUAAUCAAUCUUAUAAUUCAUACGAUACCUAGAAUGGUAAUGGAUACAUAACUGUAUAGAUAUAGAUCUAUAAAUCCAUUUACCUUGACAAGGACAAUUUGUUACAGAUUUUUCAUAUAAAAAUUAAUUGACAAUCUUGUUGCUUAUGAAAACAAUUAUUCAGUAGUAGAUUUUGAGGUCACAGAAACAUUUUUAUGUAGAAGGAAUACAAAAACAGUAGCAUUAAAUUGUUUUUAUGUUAGUACAUUAUUUAUUAAGUUGCCGCAACAAUUAGUUGUUUUAUUUCUAUUUUAAACUAAAUUGAUUAUAAGACUCAUGAAACAAAUAUAUUUAUAUGUGUAUAUACCUACUGCAAAACUGGGACAAUUAAAUUAUUCACAUUCUCUUUUUACACAAAGAGUGUAAAUUGCUAAAGAGAAAAUUGUUUGGAUGUUUAAUAUAUUGCUGUAUACUCAGAAAUUGCAGUUCUAAGGAAUAAUUGUCAUCUCAUUUGAAUUAUCAUAAUAUAUCCCAUUUUAAUUAAAUUUCCAUGAAUAAUUGCAAAUGAGAAGAAUUUUUUAAUUGUAAGAUGAAUGACUUUCAUAAGUAGUUUGUACCAGAUUUUGUCAUCUCAUUAUAUAUUACAUAUUUUUCAUUUUGUGUAAAAUUAGUGGUCAUUUUCCAAAUAAUGUCAUAUUUUUAUGUUUAAAAUUAGCCUAACUGAAAAGAGAUUUUAUUUACUCUUUUCAAUGAUAUUGGAAAAUAUUUUAUUUUAUGAUUAACAUUUUUUUUACAUUUCAUUAGUCAAACUAUUAACUUAGGUAUUCAUAAAACUAUGUGGAGGAAACCAUUAUGAAUGUAUUUUAACAAAGAGGCAGGUAGAAAUAAAUUUUUAAAAUGUAUCAUGUAGAAAUCCCUAAAAGAAAAUUAGAAAGGAAAAAACAAAUGCUGUUGAGAUGAAAAUGUUGGAAAAUAAGGAGUAUUUAAGACCUUAAUCAACUUCUUAAUGCCAAAUGAUUAUUUUGUGCUGUUGGUUUCAUGAAUUGUGCUUUUAACAUAUAAUUUCCCCCAUUUUUGUGUUUAUACAUUUAUUACUGAAAAGAAAGGAAGAAGUUGGUGAAUAAAAGCUGUGGAAACUGGUGUUGUUACCAUUUUCCAAUAGCACUAAUGUAUAGUUCCCUAUAACCUUUCCUACGGUGCUUUGUGAUGAGAGUGUAUAACAUUUAUAUAUGUUAUUGGUGCCUUAUUUUUUUCACUUGACUUUGUUUCUUACCUAAAGAGCCAUAUAUUUUUGUGUGAAUGUUCCCUGGUCCCUCUAUUUAAAGGCCUUGAUGAGACAGUGAACCUUUAUGGGUAUAAAUAGGUUGCAUUUGCUAUCUUAAUCCACUGUGUUAUCUCUAGAACAGUGUGUUAGCCAAUGUAUUUUUCUUAAAUUCAUUCUUCAUUUUUAACCAAGAGUAUAAAAAAAUAUUAAACACCAUAAAUUGAAAUCAUUAUAAUUGAAACAUUUUUAAACCAAAAAAAAAAAAAGAAAGAAUGAUGAUUAUUAAUGUUGAAAACAGGAGUUGGAAUGGUUGCCUAUAGCUCCUAUUAGGACAAAGUUACUUGUCAAAAAGCAUUAUAAAUAAAAGUAAGUAUAUGUUACUUCAGGAAUUUGACCAGUUCUCUACAACUUGUCUUUGGCAACAUGUUAUCUGUCAUUUACUUCCACACAGAUGCUGAAAAAAUAUGACAUUCACUAUUACAUGCAGUUAUUCAUUCACAGUGGGCUCAAUGGACAUCAAGACAUUGUGUACAAUAUAUUAUUUUGCUCUUCUUGGUCUUGCCUUUUGUGUUAGCUCUAUAUAGAAAGCUAGUUUUGUUGUAUUCUUCAUGUACCAUAGUAUAUAAUUCAACUUUUCAUGAUGAAUGUAUGAUGAAUAAUUAAAAUAAAUCAUGUGCUUAGAAAAGACACAGGCUGUAUGUGAAAAUAUGUGUUAAAUAUUUGACAGAAAAAUAAUCUUCCUGCCAACAGAUAUGUCCUGCUGGACAGGACUUGGAAAUUAACUUUUUUUUAAGCAGUGAAAUUUUUAAAUCUCUUACCUCAAGGAUGGUCAAUGAAUAUGUAUUGGUUUACUGCUCCCUCUUAGUAAAUGCAUUCUCACUUGCUGCUGGCAGCAAAAGCACCCAAUGUCAGCUCACACAAAUUUUAGGGGCAAGUCUUUCAAAAUGGAUACCGUGUGAUAUUUUGGAGUCUAAUUUUGGACACUCAAAUAUCCCUAUUGUCUUUUGUGGGGGGAGGUGGGGCCUUUCUAUUUUAUUGUUUUUGUUGGUUGAUUUAGAAUGGAAGGGUAAUCUUAAUUAUGACAUCUGAUCUCAUGGAAGGAUAUAAGGACACUCACUCUACUGGGAUGAAAACUGUCAUGGGAAUCAACUAUUUUGAAUGUCACUGUCUGAGCUGUUGUAUGGAUUCUUGUGGAGUGCUGUGUACUCCCAUGAUGUGUGCAGCAGCAUCCAGCAAUGCCUAAUAAAAGUUUUUAAGAGA